AUGAAAUCUGAUAAGGGAUUUCUUGCUCCAUAUCGAGGACAACGUUAUCAUCUAGAUGAGUGGAGAGGUGAUAGGCAGCCACAAACUGCAGAGGAAUAUUUUAACAUGAAACCUUCUAGAGCUAGAAAUGUUAUCGAAAGAUGUUUUGGUGUGCUUAAGGGAAAAUGGUCUAUUAUUAGAAGUUGCUCUUACUAUCCAAUUAAGACCCAAGGGCGUAUCAUUCUAGCAUGUUGUUUAUUGCACAAUUUGAUUAGAAGAAACAUGCCAACAGAUAUAGAAGCACUUUAUGAAGAAGAAAACAUAGAAGACGAUGAUGAUGAUGAUACUGAAAGUGAAAUGGAAUGCAUCACAACAAUUCAAACGUCUAACCAUUGGAGUAAUUUUAGAAAUUCACAUGCCCAACAAAUAUUUAACAAUUGGAGAGCUAACUUUAGUAGACACCAAUAG